AUAAUUCAACAGAUCUUUGUUUACACUCGAAGGUACGGUAGUUGGCGUGCAGCUUUGACAUGCUACGUCAUGACGGCCAACGUGAUCACGUGGUCGAACAAAUAAAUACACAGGUCCGCCCCCUGGUGGGCUCGGAACUGUCUCCGCUGUCUAAUACGCUAAUCUUAGAAAUGUUUGACCCCAAAAAAGCCCCACUAAUGCAGGGGAACGGUUCGUAUCGCAUUAGGAAGGGCAGUAUAUCUGUGAUAUUGCCUGUUUUAUGAAUAUUUUAUGCACCGUCAGAAGGCGUUGAACUGCACAAGAGACAGGGGGUUAGCUCGACGAGCGCUCCAAGCUAGCUAAGAGCUCACUGGUCUCUGGAUUCCAGCAGUGUCACGUCUGGAGAUUGACAGGAGCGUCCAGAGAAUGCCAGGACCAUGUUCAAGAAUGUUUUUGGUUCCGGGUUUUUGGUGAGAACAGCUCAUGUCAUCCUUACAUGGGUUGUAACGCUAAUACUGUUUCUGUACGAUACAGAUCUGAGGAAACAGGAAGAAACGGGUCAGCUCAUCCAGCCGGUGGUCUUUGUGUUCCUCGUGCUGGUUUCGGUUCUUCUGUAUUUUGCAGUUUCCCUGAUGGACCCUGGCUUUAUCCUAUCUGAUAACAGCAACUUGCAGUUCACACUGGGGGUAACGGAGGAGCAGCAAGACAUGAUCCCACCGAGCACUAAAUCGCUGCGACAGCGCCGCUGUGGCCACUGCCUGCUGCAGCAGCCAAUGAGGUCCAAGCACUGUCAGGCCUGUCAGCACUGCGUGCGGCGUUACGACCAUCACUGCCCCUGGAUUGAGAACUGCGUAGGAGAGAGGAACCAUCGCUGGUUCGUCCUGUACCUGGCUGUCCAGCUGCUGGUGCUGCUGUGGGGGAUGCACAUCGCCUGGACAGGCUGGAGUCAUGCUCACAGCUGGCAGCUGUGGCUGCGCACCAACGGCGUGCUGCUGGCCGUCACCGUGCUUCUGGCUCUGCUCUCGCUCAUCGUCCUGCUUCUGCUCGGCUCUCACUUCUACCUGAUAUCUCUCAACAUCACCACGUGGGAGUUCAUGUCCCGCCACCGCAUAUCCUACCUCAAACACUGCGGCGCGGAUGAAAACCCUUUUGACCGAGGAACCCUCCAAAACCUGUGGAGCUUCUUCUGUUUGUGGGGCACAGUGGUGUGGGAGCAGGUGUACUUCAGGGAAGAGAGCGAUCAGGUGUAAGAAGCUACCAUAACUUCCCUUUGACUGGAUGGUUAGAUCCUAGUGUGCAGUUUACUCUCAGCUAAGCACAGGAGACAACUUUCCGGAUCACCGAUGGAAGCACAUGAAAACCUGCAGCCACAGGUUGCUGCUCCGACUUUAACUACAUUCAUUUUCCAGUUCAGGAGAUUCUUGUGCGAACGUUUGAACUCAGUUCUGGUUUAAAGUUGGCAGGUGAAACUGAAAGCAUGACAAAAGCCUGUUUUUUCAAAUGCAUCUGAAAACAAUCCUGAUCUAUGACUAGGGAACACAGCUACUAUAACCGUUCCAAUUGUUUCAUGUGAUGUUUUUAAAAUGUAAAUUGACCCACAAACCUGGGUGUGCUUUUGUGCAAGUAAGUUUUUGAAACCUCAAGUUUAAAGCGUUUUAUUGCCUGAGUUUUUUUUUUCCAACAGUGAUGUACAGGAUGUUUACUGAAAUAUUUAACAUUUUUAUACAAUUGUAAUAUUUUCUUUUAACAAUUUCUAGGCAGAGAAAUGAACAGAACCAUCAGCUUGGAACAAAGACUGCAAUACCCAAAAGGUGUUUUCCCCUGUGCAAUAGUUUCUGUAAAAGAAAGCAAUAAGUGUGUUUGAGAUACCAGCUGUUUUAACAACACAAACACAGCCUCUGUUCAGACUAUCAGUUCAUGUUGUGUACUCCUGAAUUUUAUGCAAUGUUUUUUAUUUAUUUAUAUAAAGUUGUGCGAACAAUAAACAAUUGAGUUUCA